UGUACAAAUAUGGCUCAAGAGACGAAUCAAACACAAGUGCCUCUGUUGUGCACUACUGGAUGUGGAUUUUACGGGAAUCCUAGGACAAAUGGAAUGUGUUCAGUCUGUUAUAAGGAACACCUACAAAGACAACAAAACGGUGGUCGAAUGAGUCCUAUAGGUGCAUCAAAUACUUCCAACAACUCAGAUUUUAUUCAGAGAUCGGAGAGCUUUAAAUCAGAAGGUGCUUCUAUCAGUGCUGCUAUCAAGUCAAGAAAUCUAUCUGGUUCAACCUUGCCUAUGACACAGAAGAUGACUGAAAUGAGUAUUUCCCGAGAGGAGAAAGAGACUGAAAUUGAGGUAACGGAGCCAGUUGUAGCUGAAGCAUCUUUGUCUGUACCUGAUACGGCGUCGGGGGGAGAGGAAAAGCCUGCAGAUGCUCCUCGACCAAAGAAAAACAGAUGUUACCAGUGCAGGAAAAAAGUUGGUCUUACAGCUGGUUUUGAUUGUCGAUGCGGGAACAUGUUUUGUGCACUUCAUCGGUACUCGGAUAAACAUAAUUGCCCAUAUGACUACAAAGCAGAAGCAGCAAUGAAGAUCAGAAAAGAGAAUCCUAUUAUUGUAGCUGAGAAAAUUCAGAGGAUUUAAACAGCCAAAUGAAGAUGCUGCCAGUAUCUUACUAUCAAAGACUGCAUUUAUUCCUUCUCUUCUGUUUUGGAAUCCCUUUGUAGAGCAGAUGCAUGGGCUGAAUCCUUGUCUGUUCUUCAAGUUUAUGCUUUAAACCCUGUUUUCCUAAUAAAGUGGCUGGACAUUAUCAGAUGCAAUUGAGAGCACAGCACUACAUUAAUCAAGUGAAAGCAUUAGCCUGUCAAAUGGAAAUCUUAACAGUGGUUGAUGUGCCAAGUGAACUUGAUCUGCUGUAGUGCUUUUUUAAUUCAGUAAAGUGACCAACCAAAAACUUGUCAACCUGUGUUUCUAGUGCCUAAGCAGAUUUUGGUCUUGGCUUUCUUGAUGCUCUAAAAUUGAGGAUGUAAAGAAAUGGUAGAAUACUGAAUAAAUUGUACUUUCAGUGAUUGUUUUUAAUGGAUUCUAAGUGUUGCCUUCAUUUGGGCAGACUUAGACCCAGUUUUAUUAGUUAAUUUUGGUUUGUGCUGGGGCAUAUUCAGGGGAAAUUUGAGCAAAUGGGGAAAGCUUGCAUAGUUGGAUAUUACAGUAAAUUUUCCUUGCCUCUAAAUCAACCUGUUAUGUUUUCUGGAAGUUUUCAGUUAUGGCAAUCUAAGUCCAGAGUGGUGUAGUGGCCAGCCUGUUUGUAUUUCAUAAAGCAGUUUUCGGCCCUGGCUUCGUUUAUGAAAGCUUGUGCAUUAGCUCUGUAGUUCUAAUUAUUUUGUUUACAAAAGUUGCACUGGACUUGCAAAUGCCUGUUAUAAGCUGUGUCCAGGCAACUAAUGUCCCAGUUAUACUGCAUGUUGGUGACUGAUUCCCUCCACCAUAUGGAUACCAAAUAUGCAAUAAAAUGCUGGUAUCGAUAACCUGGUAGUGCAGUGCCUGCAUGACCCAUACUGUUGCACGUGGCACCCAUUUUGUUUUUCUAAACUACCCUUUAAGAGUUUAAGCAGAUAUGUUGGCUCAGAAGUUGAGCGUGCUGUCUGCUGGAACCACAUGUACACCAUAUCCACUAAGUCCACCUUCUCAGUACCACUAUGCAUUAUAACUGGGCUGUAUAUUGUAUCACAGUGAGAAUGUAGCAUUGGCUUAUUGCAUGGACUGCACAUCUUGGCAGCGUGUACAUGAACAGUAGAAAUUGCAAUAUACUUACCGGAAGCUGAUGUAUUUUUUAAAUCUUAUUGGAAGAUGUGAUGUACAAAGUAUUUGUAUUUUUUAAUCCAGUACUACUUAGAUGUGUAGUGUGAUCAGAAUAAUGACAAUUUUAUCCAAGCUGUGAUCUUAAUUACUGUCCAAACUUGCAAUAACUCUGCACAUUUAACCACAGUACACAGGAAGCUUGUUUUUUGACAACUACAGUAUUUAUGCCUUUUUUAAUCUUGGGUAUGUGAUUUGUACAGAAUUAUAUUUAUGUAAUGCAUAUAAUCAUGCUAGUUGGCAUUUAUGGGAAAGGAUGUAAAUAAACAUAAAGAAUAGGU